AUGUUCAAACCGCCCUUUGCGCCAGAACAUUCCUUGCUUCGUGACGAACAGAGCAGCUAUGUACCAGGCUUCCCCCGCGUCCCUCGACAUAACAGGGAUCAGAUCAGGAAGCUGCUCACAUCCGAGUUUUGCUCAGUCGAUCUAGAUCGGGUUUCGGAUAAGCUCUGGUGGAUGUCGAAGCAAGAUAGCACAAAUAUAUGGCCAUUGCAUAGACAGUUACUACAAGGCCGGUCGAUCAUCGUGACAGAGAACCCAAAGCUACAUCUCGUAUGGAUCAACGAUCGUGUUUUCAUCAAGCCUCUUCCACGGUUCAUCGGAUCCCAUGACUUCUGGAGAGAGCAUCUUUGCAGUAGCAAUACGAGCGAAGACGUGCGCAUUCGAAGAGCUGCCUUAGGUUAUUUACGCACAUACUUUCAUCUUAUCCGGCACGAAUCCGACUUUCGCAUCGCCAAAGAUUCUACUCUUUGUCUUAUUCCAGGAGGUAUCUCUUGGGAGCAGUUCUGCGACUUCACCUCUGAUUUUGAUGAGAUCCUGGAUAAGGAUGUUUCCCUACGCUAUGCCUAUGGACAAAUCCGCCUCACUCGCCUGAACUUCUACGCCCCGAUCAUUCUGCACAAGUCAUAUUUCCACAGGGUCGACUUCCAAUACGGACAGUACUUCGCACGCUUCUAUGCACCGAUUUUAUUCGCAAUCGGAAUCACGUCUGUGACAUUGAGUGGACUGCAGGUGGUGGCCUCACUUGAAACAGGUGGCGGUACCAACUGGCAGGGGCUGGCGCUUGGUGUCAGCGUUUUGGCGAUCUUGGUCUCUUUUGGGCUUCUCAUUGGGCUUGGGGUUCUGCUUUCUUGGAAAAUUGCCAAAGAGUGGAAAUUCGCUAUUAAAGAAAGGCGCCGUUUGAUAAAGACUGAACGGGUCGUGGUUUGA